AUGACCCUCACAUCAGCACUGGACCCUCUCUCUCUGUCUUUCUAUCCCUCGGCUGGACAGUGCGCGGACAUGUCUCACCGCAAGUUCCACGCACCCCGUCAUGGACACAUGGGGUUCCUGCCCCACAAGCGUAGCAAGAAGCAUAGAGGCAAGGUGCGCACGUGGCCCAAAGAUGACCCCAGCCAACCUGUCCACCUCACUGCUUUCCUGGGUUACAAGGCUGGCAUGACCCACACACUGAGGGAGGUGCACCGCACUGGCCUCAAGAUAGCAAAGCGUGAGGAAGUAGAGGCGGUUACCAUAAUAGACACUCCUCCAGUCAUUGUGGUGGGGGUCGUGGGAUACGUUAAGACUAUCCGUGGCCUGCGCGCACUCAAAACCAUCUUUGCUGAGCAUCUCAGUGACGACUGCAAACGCAGAUUUUACAAAAACUGGCACAAGAGCAAGAAGAAGGCCUUCAGCAAGUACAGUAAGAAGUGGCAGGAUGAGACGGGAAAGAAACAGCUGCACAAGGAUUUCUCUCAGAUGAAGAAAUACUGCUCAGUGAUCAGGGUGAUUGUUCACACUCAGAUGCGAUUGCUGCCCAUAUUGCAGAAAAAGGCCCACAUUAUGGAGGUGCAGCUAAACGGAGGAAGCAUCUCGGACAAGGUGGACUGGGCUAAGGAGCACCUGGAGCAGCCUGUGCCUGUUUCUACCGUCUUCAGCCAGGAUGAGAUGAUCGAUGUCAUUGGAGUCACCAAGGGACAUGGCUUUAAAGGUGUGACAAGCCGCUGGCACACAAAGAAGCUUCCCAGGAAGACUCACAAGGGUCUGAGGAAGGUGGCCUGUAUUGGAGCCUGGCACCCGGCCCGUGUGGCGUUCACUAUAGCUCGUGCUGGUCAGAAGGGCUACCACCACCGUACUGAGAUCAACAAGAAGGUCUACCGUGUUGGUAGGGGCGUGCACAUCCGGGAUGGAAAGGUGAUCCGGAACAAUGCCUCAACUCAUUACGACACCAGCCAGAAGACCAUUUCGCCCAUGGGAGGCUUCCCCCACUAUGGUGAAGUGAACAAUGACUUUGUGAUGGUGAAGGGCUGCGUGGUCGGGGCUAAGAAACGUGUCCUCACCCUCAGAAAGUCUUUGCUCAUGCACACAUCCCGCAAAUCCAAGGAGACCAUCGAGCUCAAGUUCAUCGACACCACUUCCAAAUUUGGUCACGGCCGCUUCCAGACUGCCCAAGAGAAGAGGGCAUUUAUGGGGCCACUGAAGAAGGAUGCCCUGAAAACCCUGCCGGAGCCUCUGAUCGAGGAGGCCUAAAAAAGAUUUCUCAUAUCUUAAUUCUCACAAUAAUAAUUGUUGUUC